AUGGAGCUAUGCUGGUGGCUGGGCUGCGCACGGACAGCCUUGCUGUUGACCCUGGUGUGGCCCGGAUGUGGUGAGCCCCUGCCGCUGAGGGAUGUAGACACCUUCUUGAAUCCGGUCUUCGUUCCAGAUUUCUUCUUGGAUUUGGUGGGAUCACAGGUGCUGGAUGCCCUGGUCGCCCCACGGCAUGGAGGUCGCUACACCGGAUCCGUGUUGGAUGAGGUGGUGUCUGCCGGGCCGCGCAUGGCGCCUGUGCUGCUGUGGCAGUGUGGCCUCUGGAAGGCCUUAAGCCUCGGCGGCGCAGAGGUCUCCCAGAUCAUUGUGGAUGUUGGCGCCCACGAGUGGAGCCGCUUCCUGCCGGAGCUGCGGCGCGACCCCAAAGCCUGGCUGGUGCUGGUGGAGCCCGGACGAAGCGCUUUCUUGGAACUCUAUCGUCGGCUCAAGGUGGACUACAGUGACGUGUUGGACCGUGUGGUGGCCCUACCUGUUGCUUUGACCUGGGAAGAAGGUUUGAAGUGGGGCUUCCGAGCCCUGCACACCAAUGACUUCUUGGGCGGAGAAUGCAACAGCCUCCUGGUGCCUGAUGAAAGCUUCGGCCAUCCCUGCACUGCAAAGGGCCCUGAGGUUCUAGUGCCAGUCACUUCGCUGGAUGUGCUCCUACAUGGCCUGAUGCUGGGGACAGCUACCCCUUCUGAGGAAUCACUUUUGGAGUAUCAAGAGGCUCUGAAAGAAGGACCUCCCAUCAAAUUGAAGCUGGAUGCGCAGGGUGCAGAUGUUGACAUCCUCUCAGCCCUGGCCACUGCGUCCUCACCGCUCGCACGCGUGAUCCUGGAGCGCAUUGAAGAGGUGCAGAUCGAAGUCUCGGAGCCGGUGUAUGAGAACCAGCCUUCGAGACAUGAAACCAUCACCCGCAUGCAUCAGCUGGGCUACCAAGCAGACUGGCAACGAGAGGAAGUGCAGGAUGGAGGUACCCACCAGGUUUUCCUGGGCUGCCGCCUAGUGGCCACCGUGCCCCUGACCGAGGACUGCUUCUUCCGCCGCUCCUCGUGGGCGCACGGCCGGGUAUUGGACCACGUGCUACGUCGACCCGAAGAGAUCUUGCGUAUCAGUGAAGGAAGUGAACUCAGCAUCUCCAGUCAGUACAGCCACUACAUGAAGCUACAUGUGGAUGAGUGUUCGAAAGAUGAAACACUGGCCAAGUUAAGUGCCGAAACUGGCUCACCACUCGCGUGUCUCUACGGUAUCUCUGGCCGACCUCUGCGGCAUCUUUUCCAUUCCAUUCUUGCGUUGUGGGAAUUGAUGUGGUCCAGCAAGCAGGGCAGGGAUGAAAGCGUCCUGGUGAAUUACUACACACAGGUCCUCGGUACCAUCCGGCAUAUCCUGAUGUUGGACAGCGAGACCCCUAACGCCUGGGAACAGCUACAUGAUGUGGGAGCAGCACAUCUGGUCUUCGUGGUCCUGGUGGAGGCCACCUGCUUGGCAUUUCCACAGGCGUGCCCCACCCAGUGCAGAGAGGACGAUGUGGUGAAAGCUCCCGUCCUUGCAGGCCGCCCAUCGCCCUGCGUGACGUUGGGCAAUUGUUAUGACCUGCUGAAGGGUGCCAGCUUUGAGGACCUUGCAAGGAAUCCUGAGAAGAACGUCCAGAUCUAUCGUGCCGCCCAACGCCUGACACGCCCGCGCUGCUUCCCCAGCUCCUGGCAAUUGGAACUGGACCGCAGUCGAGCGCAGAAGUUCCCAAGCACCGUCACGGAGGAUGGCAACUACAACGUCACAGCCUUGGAGACGGACAGUGCUUUUUGUUCCUUGGAGAUUUCGCUGGUGGCAUGGCAGUUAGAUGCGCCUGGCAUGCUGGAGUUCCACAAGCACGUCUGGGAGAUGACGGACCACAUCAAAGCCAAGGACAGCUCUGACUUCCGCGUGCCCACGGAAGGCAAACUUUGGGACUUCGACUGCCUCUUCCUUUCAGGUGCGGGUGAGGCAGUCCUCAACAGCCGUGGAGACGUCUUCAGUGCGUCAAUGCUGGCGGAGCUGCCGGGGACCAAAGAUCCCCCGACGCUCUUUGUCCGUUGCGAGGCGCCUGCGCCUUUGGCCCGCAGCCUCACCACCGACCGCGAUGAGGGCCGUGCCGUGCCGAGCGCGGUGGUGCUGCGGCGCUCGGCACGGGCCUCGUUGGACAUGCCCGGCUUGGAGCUGCGGGUGCCGUUGCGGUCCACCCCGAGGAGGCUGCGGCCGAGGACGGCGAUGUGCACCCAACAGGUUUGGGACUUGGAGGGUUUGGAGCAGCGGGUGCCCAAACAUGCGGAAUUCUGGUUUCGAUAUCAUGCCGACUUUUUGGGCAUUGAUGAGAUCUACCUCUACGACUUGGAUGGAUCCUACAAGGAUCUCAGGAUCGUGCAGGAGCUGCGGAGCAGGGGAAAACUUUUCUACGAGGAUUCGAUUGCUUCGAUCCCCCCACUUCGAGAGGUCUUUGAGCUCGCGGGGUACAAAACCUCCACCACUCACCUGGCCCAGACAUUGGUGCAGCAACACUGCUGGCACCGGGCCAGACAGAACGCAGAUUGGGUCAUUUCGGUGAGUCAUGGUUGGGACAUGUUCCUCUUCUCCCCGUCCAUGGGGACCAUCUCGGAGCUGCUUCAGGAGUUGCGACCCGAUGAGGUGACCUACGUCCUGGGGGUGCGCUAUGGGGUCAAGGAGGAUGCGGAGGCUGCAGCUGAAGCUUCAAACGUGUUCACCCGCUUUCCCUACCACAAUGAUCCCUCCAUUCGUCCGGAGCAAUUGCUCAGCACGGAAGAGCAGAUCGUCAUCGCGAAUCCGCGGCUGGUGGACUGUGCGGUGCUCGGUGAGGUGGUCGUGAGGCAGGAAGCUCCUCUCCGCUCCAACCUGUUGGAGCCCUUGGAGCCGUGCCCCGGCAGAUCGGUGGGGCCUGAGUUUUCAGCGCCUUCGGUGCUGAAACGAAGGCUAGAUCCCUGGAGGUGGCGUGCCAAUCAUUACGUCUCGCUACUGGGCCGUUCAGUGGUCUUCCGUGUUGAGGAGUCGACCCCUGAGCUGCGGGAGUUCUCCAUCUACGACGAGGCCGCAGUCGCCUUGGGUCAUCGCCUGGCCAGCUUUGGAUGUGGUGCCACACCAAGGUCUUGGACAGUGCGCUUGGAGAUACGGAUACGGUACCCGGAUACGCAUCAAAAAGGAAUGACUGCUGGACACCUGCACCAUCGUCAUGGUGGACAUGCU